AUGGCCGGGGAGGACGGCCAGCAACGCGCGUCCGAGUGGUCCUUCCGUGAGCCGCUGUCGCUGGACGAUGUGGAGCUGCGCCAGCGGCAGGUGCUGGAGGACGGCGAGGUGUGCGACGUGAGCUACGCGCACUCGAUCCAGGGGCGCGAGACGGCCAAAAUCACGUACAAGGAGCUGCGCAAGGUCUGCUCGAACCUCGGGGUGCGCUACUACAAGAACAAGCCCAAGGACCUCAUGAUGGAGCUCAUCGCGCAGAAGAAGCUCAAGGGCCAAGUACCGGAAAGCUACCGGUUUCUCAAGAUCACGAGAGAGCGGAAAACCGACAACAGAGAGCGCGUCGUUCUCCACAACGACGUGGAGAACCGCGACCCCAUGGAGAACCGAAGCCUCUUUGACAACCAGGUCCAGGACGAAGAGGACCAAGAGGACCACGAGAUGUCGGAGGCCCACCAACUGUUCAUCAGUCCCAAGCGCCAACGUACAGCAACAGACCCCAUCACCAUCACCUCAAGCAGCGCCACCAACACAUUCCUGCAGCCAGUGAGCCCCGCAGCGUCCGAGUCGGAACAUCGGUCCUCCUCAUCGCCCGGCUACGGGUCGGGGUCUGGGUCGGGCAUUCCGUCGACCUCCGCGUCCGUCACGGAUCGAAAUCCAGGCGAGAUGUCGCUGAAAGACCGCAGCGACACCUUCACGCUGCUGCGGCACGUGCGGCAGCAGAUCCUCGACGUCGAGGAGGAGAUCGCCGCGCACACGGAAAGCGGCAUCGUGCAGCUGUCCAAUAUCAAGACCCAGCGUCUGGCAGAGGACCUGGAAUUUUAUCUCUCCGAGCGACACGCACUCAUGCAGAAGCUCGCGAGCUCCAGAUUCAAGUGA